CUUAGCUACGACUGCACGUGCGCGCACAGCUGCCCGCCGGAAGAACCGAGCUUGGCUGUGUUUAUCUCGUUGGGGACUAAGGCGUCGGUUGGCGCGCAACGGGUUCUAGGCUGCAGGCAGCGCGAGGACCCGCGGCCCCGCCCCGGCUCGGCCUGGCAGAUAGCAGAGGCAGCAGGCCGUGCCGGGGGGGCAUGUUGCUGUAACCAGUGGCCCAGGGGAUGUUACGGUGGACAGUGCACCUGGAGGGCGGGCCCCGCAGGGUGAACCAUGCUGCAGUGGCUGUCGGGCAUCGGGUAUACUCCUUCGGGGGUUACUGCUCUGGUGAAGACUAUGAGACACUGCGUCAGAUAGAUGUGCACAUUUUCAAUGCAGUGUCCUUGCGUUGGACAAAGCUGCCCCCGGUGAAGUCUGCCAUCCGUGGGCAAGCUCCUGUGGUACCCUACAUGCGCUAUGGACACUCAACCGUCCUCAUCGACGACACGGUCCUCCUUUGGGGCGGGCGGAAUGACACCGAAGGGGCCUGCAAUGUGCUCUAUGCCUUUGACGUCAAUACUCACAAGUGGUUCACACCCCGAGUGUCAGGGACAGUUCCUGGGGCCCGGGAUGGACAUUCAGCCUGUGUCCUAGGCAAGAUCAUGUACAUUUUCGGGGGCUACGAGCAGCAGGCGGACUGCUUUUCCAAUGACAUUCACAAGCUAGAUACCAGCACCAUGACAUGGACUCUUAUCUGUACAAAGGGCAAUCCUGCACGCUGGAGGGACUUCCACUCAGCCACAAUGCUGGGAAGUCACAUGUAUGUCUUUGGGGGCCGUGCCGACCGCUUUGGGCCAUUCCAUUCCAACAAUGAGAUUUACUGCAACCGCAUUCGAGUCUUUGACACCAGAACUGAGGCUUGGCUGGACUGUCCCCCGACUCCAGUGCUGCCUGAGGGGCGCCGGAGCCACUCGGCCUUUGGCUACAAUGGGGAGCUGUACAUCUUUGGUGGCUAUAAUGCAAGGCUGAACCGGCACUUCCAUGACCUCUGGAAGUUUAAUCCUGUGUCCUUUACCUGGAAAAAGAUUGAACCGAAGGGGAAGGGGCCAUGUCCCCGCCGGCGCCAGUGCUGCUGUAUUGUUGGUGACAAGAUUGUCCUCUUUGGGGGUACCAGUCCAUCUCCUGAGGAAGGCCUGGGAGAUGAAUUUGACCUUAUAGAUCAUUCUGACUUACACAUUUUGGACUUUAGCCCUAGUCUGAAGACUCUGUGCAAACUGGCCGUGAUUCAGUAUAACCUAGACCAGUCCUGUUUGCCUCAUGAUAUCAGGUACAGCGAGUGGUUGGAAGGGAGGGAUUGGGGGAGGGUGAGUGAGCAGCACAGGUGUGACCUGAUUAGCUUGGUUUCAGUAUGGAGGAGACAGACAUUUUUGUUCUGCUGGAGAUAUAGUGUACUUGUGGGAAAUGAGAUGGAAGGAGGUGAAUUGACAGCCAUCAUAUAAAACUGUCAGCAGAAUAAAUUAUAUGAAAAAAAAAAUCCAGCUCGGCAGCAUCACUUUCUGAGACCUAAGCUUAUACAGUUAUUUUUGUGAACAUGCUGAGAACUGAUUAAAUCUUAGAACCUAGCUGCAAAGUAAAGACAAGUUUAGGAGCCUCUGGAUCACAUUGGUUCCAGAAGAUCUGGCUGCUUCCCUUUGAGUUUCAUUCUUAGGUUCCAAUUAACCACCAGAUGUUACUUUAUGUAUAAUUUUUCAGGUUCAAAUUAACCACCAGAUGUUACUUUGUAUAUAAUUUUUCCUGUCUGGGUCAUUCUGAGAUACUUUGUCUCUUUGUAUCAGUUCAGUUUAACUCUUGCUGGGUGGGCGUGGUGGCUCAUAGCUGUAAUCGCAUCACUUUGGGAGGUUGAGGUGGGCGAAUCAGUUGAGGUCCGGAGUUCGAGACCAUCCUGGCCACAUGGUGAAGCCCUGUCUCUACUAAAAAUACAAAAAUUAGCUGGGCAUGGUGGCAGCCACCAGUAGUCCCAGCUACUUGGGAGUUUGAGGCAAGAGAAUUGCUUGAACCCGGGAGGCGGGGGUUUCAGUGAGUCAAGAUUAUGCUACUGCACCACUGUACUCCGGCCUAGGUGACAGAAUAAGACUCAAAAAAAUUAAUAUGGUUGGAUGGGUGGGGAAGGCCUCAGGAAGGAUAGGAGUGCUGAAUCAGAGCCUUAAAAGGAUGGGAGUUAAGAGCAAAAAUGGGUAUUCCUGGUGAGGGUGAGGCAUUCCUGGUGAGGGUAAGGUGGAGGGGCUGCCUGGUUGGCUCUAAGCAAAGCAGGAAAGGCAGGUUGGGAUGUUGACUGACAUGUAUACACAGAUCUCAGGUGCCUGGACGCUGCAAUAUACAUACAUAUAUAAACAUAAACCGGAAAUCCAUAUGAGCUUGGAGGUAGAGGAGUGGGUGGUGUUGGAUUUGGUGGUGGGUGGGUUCUGACUGUUAAACCUAGUAGGUCUCUUAAGUAAGAGGUGGCUGUGGGUGGUUGACCUUUAGGAAGUUGGAGAGACUGGUGUGUUUAUAGCUUGGUUCAAACAUCCCUGAGCUUGGGCUGAGGGCCCCCUCUUCUGUCUGUUAUUGUUGGCCUUCCAGGUGGGAGCUGAAUGCCAUGACCACCAACAGCAAUAUCAGUCGCCCCAUCGUCUCCUCCCAUGGGUAGGAGGAAGUUUCUGCCACCUCCCCUCCUGAGCCUGCUGUCAUCUUCACUGCCCCUGCCCAUCUGUCACCCACCUGCUCCUUUGACCCCUGGACUUGGUAUACCUCCAUGUGGAGUUGUUGGGCGAGAGAUGUUCUCUGUGCUGUGAAUUCAGAGGGGAGUUGUAGCGGGGUGGGGGCCAGGUUCCUCCCCCCUUGGGCCGAGGGCCCCUUCCCCUUGGUGCUCUGUCCCCAUCCACCUCCUUUCAGCUGCUCCUGGGCCUCAGCUCUGCCCAGGGCCAGCCAGGUUCUGCUGGGAAGGGAAGGGAAUGGGGAGAAGGGAGAAGCAAGCAGUGUCUGAGCCUCAGGAGCUUCCCCCUCCCCCUUUGCCUAUCCCCUCCCCUCUGCUUGAGCCUUGAGCCUUGACUGGGAGCUGAAAGGAGUUGCAGCUGUUGGCAUGAGACCUCCUUCUCCCCGUCUUGGGGAGGCGGGGACCAGCAGAUAAUCCCACCCUUCCUUGAGCUGUCGCUGUACCCGGAAGCUCAGCCAGCUCAGAUUUUAUAAAAAUUAAAACCUCCAAA